CCAUUUUUAUGGCUCUAGAAUGGAUUGAACAAUACAGACCAAACAAAGUCCUUGUUUACAGAGGUAUCAGAGGAAUAGUUAUAGGUAUAGGUAUCAGAAAUGAAAAAGUUGACAAACUAGCUAAACAAGCACUAAGGAAAGGAAACAUCUGUAUCAAACUAUCCAAACCAGAGGGAAAGGGCAAUGUAUGGAGAAAAAAAAUAUAUCAACAGAGAAUGGCAACAGCAUUGGGAUCAGGAGACAGGUGAUAGACAUUUGCAUUCAAUUCAAUACAAGGCAGUGAAAGAUACAGGGAAGGAAACAGGAGAGAAGAGGUCAUAAUAUCAAGACUAAGAAUAGUACACAGCAACCUAUGCAGCACACUUCAUAUGAUAGGGAGGCAUCCAUUUGGUCUCUGUGAGCAUUGUCAGGCACAAAUAUUGCAGAACAUGUCAUUGCCAACUGCAGUAGAUAUACUUCAGGAAGCGAGGACAUGAUGGAGAAAAUGAAAGGAUUAGGGAUGAGAGGAGGAGAAUUAAAGAACACAGUGGAGUGGAAGUACAAGUAAACAAGGCAGAGGAUGCUUAAUCAACUUCCUGCGGGAAAUAGGACUGAUGGAAAACGUUUAAUAGUCGGGACACUGUAGGAGCUGACUGACUCCGGAAGAUGGCGCUAAUGCACCUACAUGGAUGCCAGCUGCCGUUAAACAUCACCGAAGAAGAAGUUGAACGAGAGUUGGUUUCCAUAGUGACCGUUAAUGGUAGGUUGCGAACGGACAGCUAGCUCGGCAGGGGAGGAAUCAGCGCUCAGUGCUCACUAGUCACAAUGUCCUUCAGAGACUUACGAAAUUUCACAGAAAUGAUGAGGGCUUUGGGCUAUGUUCGCUUGAUAUCUAUGGAGAACUUCAGAACACCAAACUUCACUCUCGUGGCAGAAAUCCUCAUAUGGCUUGUAAAGAGAUAUGAACCUCAGAUGGAUAUUCCCACUGAUGUGGAUACAGAGUCAGACAGAAUAUUCUUCAUCAAGGCCGUGGCUCAGUUCAUGGCGACUAAAGCUCACAUCAAAGUGAACACCAAGCGUCUCUACCAGGCUGAUGGCUAUGCAGUGAAAGAGAUGCUAAAGAUCACCUCAGUGUUAUACAACGCUAUGAAGACCAAGCAGAUGGCCCUGGAGGACCGAGUCGAGGAGGACAACAACAAAUUCAAGUUUGACCUCGGCUCACGGAUUUCAGAUCUUAAAGUAGCUCGGCAGCUGGCAUCUGAGGUCACGUCAAAAGGAGCAUCUCUAUAUGAUUUACUGGGAAAGGAGGUGGACCUAAGGGAAAUGAGAACUGCUGCCAUUGCUAGACCUUUGGAAAUCAAUGAGACUGAAAAGGCCCUGAGAGCUGCCAUCAAGGAGGUUUUGGAAAGUGUGGAGAAGACCAAGGACAUGCUGAGUAACGUCGUUUCUGAUGAGACCAGUCUGGAUGCCAAGAUAGAAAAGAAGAAGCAGGAACUGGAGAGGAAUCGGAAGAGGCUCCAGACACUGCAGAGUGUGAGGCCAGCAUUCAUGGAUGAAUAUGAGAAGAUUGAGGAAGAUCUGCAGAAGCAAUAUGACACCUAUGUGGAGAAGUUCAAGAACCUUUGCUUCCUGGAGUCUCAGCUGGAAGAAUACCAUAGACUGGAGCAAGAGAGGUUUGAGGAGGCUGAAAACACACUGAGGAUGAUGCAGCACAAACUGAGGGAAGAGGAGAGGGAUCUGAUGAGGAGUUCCUUGAAAGAUGAGGACUCUGAUAUGGACGUUCCUGAGGACGAAGGUUCAGACAGUGACAUGGAGGAGUGUCGGCCUUCUAAGCCACGGCCCACCCGAAAUGGCAUCAUGGCAGGAAGAGGAGCAAGAUUCAUCGGGAACAUGCAGGGUGGUGACAGUGAUGAGACGGAAGACAGUGAGAUUGAUGUGGAUGAAGAUGAUGAUGAUGAAGAAGAUGAGGAAGGCGAUGAGGAGGAGAGCAAGGAUUUGGAGGACGACAGUCUGGAGGGCCCGGUGUCCAGGGGUACUCGCCCCACCAGGGGAGGCAUUAGACCCCCUCUGCUGGAGGAGAGCGACAAUGACUUCUGAAUAAAGAACACACACACUCAGUCGUGUGCGCUUCUCCAAUCUAACUCAGAUUAGACCAUCUCAAUCCUCAUUACAAAUAUGUAUUAUAUGUAUUAUAAUAUGUAACUAUUACAUCAUGUUGUUAUUGCAACACACAAUAUCAAUAUAGUCCUUAUUUUUGAAUAUUUAUGUAAAAAU